GAAUUAACCAAAUGCAAGUAAAUUGUAAAUAAUUAAAGCCUUUGGACCUUUGGUUAUAUAAAUAGAAAGAUUCGAUAUGGUGAAAAAAAGUUAGAUGAGUGGGCUUUAAAAAAGUUAGAUGAGUUGACCUUAAAAAAUGUUAGAUGAGUUGAGCUUAAAAAUGUUAUAUAAACACCUUUCAUAAUCAAGCCCACAAAACAUCUAUACUAUUAAAAAAAAGAGAGAAAAUGACGGCUGAACCAAAAAAUGAAGAGAAAAAGACUACGGAAACCACGCUUAGCUUUCAGGAGAAACUUCAAUCUCCUGCGGACGAAUUCUUUAACUAUUUUACCAGAAAGAUACACCAUGUCUCAGUCGAGUAUCCUGCUGAGGAAUUGAGGUUCUAUAUACAGUCGACGGAUUUGGAGAAAAGAACAGUGACGAUGCGUAUAUUUGGGGAAAGAGUAAACCCAAAAUACUUCGAGACCGUCAAAGUAACCAUGGUCUUUCCUACGGAAGACAUACAUAGCCCCGUGAAUUUGCAGAUCGUGUGCAAGUAUAAACGCCAUGACCCUAAAGAUCGAAUCAAUCGUCUGUUUUACAACACUCUUACGAGUCUUACCCGUCACAUCAAGCUCAUUGAUACCGAUCUUUACCAGCUAAAUCAUACAAACAACUCCAUUGUCUCUGAGUAUCCGGCGGAAGAAUGUUUUAAAGCUUUCAUUGAAGCAUGUAAAGAAUCUGCUGUGGUGGAAAUCCAGACUAAAGAUUUGGUAAAAAGGACAACAACGAUCGGUUUAAUGAGGAGCACUGAUGUCUUGAUGACGAAGUUCAAUAGGCUCAAAGUCACCAUCACUAUUACUCCUCAGGAAGGCGAUAAGUGUUGCCACGUAGAAUGGACCACCGAGGCCGAGGAGCUUUCUGAUAACCGCCGCGAUAAAACCUUCAUUCGCAGAACAGCUGAUCUUAUCCAUGGCAUUAUCAGGAAGAAGCUUCGGAGUAAAUAGGACCCCUGGUGGAACCGUCGUGGAACGUACAAGUAUAAGAUGUGAAUAUGAAAAAUAAAAGUAAUAGUUGUUUCUUAAGUGUGAAUGAUGCAAAUAUGAAUAUUUUAAAAACAGAAGUCACAACCUUCAUUUAUGUGUGAUUUUUUUUUUUAAAAUUGAUCUAAUGGACCUAUUCCUACAAAGUCAUGUUACAUUUAAUCUUUAAUCUUAUCAUUUAAAUUUUGGGCCAACCCGAAAUUUUUAUUGAGCUA